AUGCGGCGCCGGCGCCAUCGUCUCCUGGUAGCGCUGGCUGCGCUAGCGCUGUGGACGAGCGUCGCGAGGACGAGCUUCUCUGCGCCGUCGCGGCGUGAUGAAGAUUUUGGCUGGGUCGAACUCAUGAGGAAAUUGUCCACCACCUUCGACGAGCUCUGGACAUUGCUUGCGACGCGCCAGGAAGCAGUGGUGGACGGAGUGGACGCCUCCCUGCAUCAGCUGUCGGCACCCAGUAGCCGCAGGGCCUGGCAGCAGCUGGCAGAGCUGGUCACGGCGCAGGAAACCCCAGAGGCGUUGGAUGGUUCCAAGUAUGUGAGCCUCAGGUUGGAUGGUUGCAUGUUUGGCCGCCUCACCCGAGACCUUCGUGACAUUGGCCUCAUAGGGCCUGGCUACUCCGAGGAGAUUGGAGAAAUCAUGCGGCUGUGCUGCCGCGCCAUGAUGGAUGAAUUCAAAGGCAGCGUGGCCUAUACGCACAGCGAUGAGAUGACGAUCCUGAUGUUUCCCCGGACCAUUGGUCGUGGUGGACAACCCUUCGAAUGGCCUCAUAAAGGACGGAUUCAGAAGUGGGUCAGCAUCGGCGCCAGCCUGGUGACGGCGCUCUUCAACCGACGCCUGGAGCGCUUGGCGCAGCAGCGCGGCGUGGCGCUGCCCGAGGAUGUCGUGGCGCACUUCGAUUGUCGCGCUGGACUCUUCGACACGGAGAAGGAGGCGUUGUCGCUGAUCUUGUGGAGAGCCUAUGACUGUAGUGUGAACUGCGUGCAAGAUGCCUGUCACUGGGUUCAUGUCACGUUUUUCUGUUUGACAAUUCUGGUUUUGUGGGUUUAA